AUGUUGCGGCUGAUGGAGCGCAUUACGGAUCUCAAGAACUGGGAGCAGGAAGUCUUCAAUCCCGCGACGCUCGCCGAAUGGCGCGCCCAGGCAUCCGAGUAUGUGCAUCUUGAUCCGCAAACCGAUCAGGAUGUAGACAUGGACCUCGUCACAACCCGAUCCUGGCUCUGGUGCGUAGCGGAGCUACAAGACAAGGCCAGAUCGCUGCGUGAGACCGGCCAUGUGGUGGUCUUCAACGCGGACCCGUCACUCUACAUGCUGAUCUACGGUCAGACGAAGGUUCUCAGUCGUGGGGGUCGAGUUCCUCUGGCAGCAGACGGCUUGAUCUGGGAUUCCUUCCCUGCCACCGGGCUGGGGCAGACGGAUUCUGUGCAGCACCAUCCCCCGGGCGAGAUCCGGAUCACCUCAUAUAUCAAUAACCUUCACCCAGCCAAUGCCCAGGCGUAUUCGGCGAUCGAGAAACUGAUUUCCCUAGCUAUCCGGCCUUGGAAUGACAUCCUGGUGAAGGGCGUUCGCGGUCGCAUGCCACGACGUAUCCACACCUAUAUGGUCACGAACCGAGAACUGUCCCCAAUGGGUGAAGUCCCCCCCGGAGGAGCUGCUCCCGCAGGAUGGAAAGAAAACAUCACCCGGCGCUCCUGGACACCGGAGGAAUGGGAGGAAUAUUGUCUCCGGUUGAUGGAGUUUCUGCAACAUCCAGACGAGAAUCCGAAGUAUCGAGUUUUCGAACCGGAGCCCGAUGAUCCCCCCCAGACCUAA